AUGCGAACUUCUUCUACUGUACUUUUUCGAGGUUCCUGUCAAGACGAGGCAAACCAGUCAAGAUGUACAGUGAAACUGAGCCCACUUAAGGGAGGCUGGGGCAGGAAGACCGUUUUGAUCUCCAACCUGCUGGGAUUUUCCUUGCUUUAUCGUUCACACAAAUGCUUGCGCAUGUUGCUGGACCACGGAUCUGAUCCAUUCCAAGCAACAUAUUUUAUUGAGUACACCUCCCAGGGGGAGCAACAACGUAAAAUACUUUUGUACGAGGCACCUGCCUUUUUGCUGCUCACAGGUAGCAUACAGCCGCGUCACCGAGCUGAGUGUAUUGCAAUGUUGUCAGAAUUGCGAGUUAGCGACGCGGAAUUUCACAUACCUAUUACAUUACGAAGGCAACAAAUGGAACCACCACAAGAGCCAGUAUCAGCCACAAUCAGGUUUGCCGAUGCGUGGGAGUGUCUUGAUAAGGAAGUAGAAAAGAAAGGUGGAGACGAUCUUGCACAGAACAAAGUCUUACUGCGCGAACUGAAGGCUGUCUAUCGAGCAAAUAAGUUUGACCGUUUGGACCAACCCAAUGUGGAAAAAUAA